AUGGCCACUGAUUCCAUUAUAAAUGAACCUGAGUGUGAGGACUUUGUCAUUGACAUUCCAUUAGUCGACCUUCCCCUUGUGAACUGGCCGGAAUGUUGUAUCUACAGGGUUUCGAAGCAACUACGCAACGUAAAUGAAAAAGCCUACACUCCUAAGCUAGUCUCAAUAGGCCCUUUUCAUCACAAUGGGGAUGGAUUGAAGGACAUGGAAAUGCAUAAAAUUGGAUAUUUUAAGAAUUUCCUGUAUCGAACCGGGAAAAGCCAUGAGAAUCUUUUAAAGAUCAUUAUAGAUAACGAAGCAAAAAUCCGUCGUUGCUAUUCAGAAGACUUCUUUGAACUCAAGAGUAAAGACUUUGUGCAAAUGAUUUUAUUGGACGCCAUCUUUAUAAUCGAGCUCUUUUGUAAUUGGAUGGUCGAUCGAUAUAAACUUAAUCGAAAUGAUUACAUAUUACGUAAACCAUGGCUGGAAAUCGGUAUACAACAUGACUUGAUAUUACUUGAGAAUCAACUUCCUUUUUUUGUUCUUGAGAAAUUAUAUAUGUUCGCCUUCAAUGACUCUUCUGGUUGCAACCAUCGUGAAGAAGGCAAGCAAAUUGGCGAACACAAAAGGGAACUGAAAAGACAGGAUGCUCCCUUUGUCAAGCUUUCACGCGAUUAUUUUUCUGACUAUGAUGAAUAUGGAAUCGGUCAUCAGCAAGUAACUAAAAAACCCAUCGGUGAGGAAGUAAAACACUUCACAGAUUUGCUAAGAUAUUUGUUAUGUUCAUCAGUACCGGACUUUUCCAUUGAUCAAACACCUUUGCAUACUCAAUAUUCUGCCAAAAAGCUUGAUGACGCAGGAUUGAAAUUCAAAGGAGCUAAAAAAAAAACAUUACUUGAGAUACAAUUCCAUCAGAAUAGGUGUCGGUACUUCGAUUGCUCAUGCUUCCUUUCCUGCUUACCAUUCUUUAAAUGCUGUACCUUGGAAGUCCCACCCUUUGAGAUUCACGACUAUACUGAAGCUGUUUUCCGAAAUCUCAUGGCCCUGGAACAAUGGCAUUAUCCAUAUCAUGCAUACAUAUGCAAUUAUGUUAGGCUAUUGGACUGUCUUAUCAACACCGAAGAAGAUGUAGAUUUGUUUGUUAAAAAGAAGGUCAUUGUUAACAUGCUUGGUAGCAAUGAUGCAGUGGCGAAGCUAAUUAACACACUCUGUGAUCAGAUUACGGAAGCUAAUUCAUGUUACCAUGAUAUCGCUCAAAAGCUUAAUGACCACUAUGAUUACUCUUUCAACCAUAUGUUGGCAACCCUAACAAGAGUGUAUUUCCCCGAUAUUUGGAGAGGAACUGCAACUGUGGUUGGACUAAUUGUCCUAGGUUUCACUCUCUGGAAUUUCUCUAAGACUUAA